GCGUCUCUCCAACAAAAGCCAACGAACGCCCUUCACUCGGCAUUUCUCACUCUGAUUCUAAACCCUAGAUUCUCAAAAUGUCAGAACCUCAGCCACCCUCCGAGCCCACCCACGAGCCAGAGAACGAGGAGUCCGCCUCACUCAGCAAAAAGGCCGCCAAGAAAGAAGCCGCCAAGCUCGAGAAGCUCCGUCGCCGCCAGGAGCAAGAAGCGGCGGCGGCGGCUGCUCGCGCUGAGUCCGCCGAGCCGGAAGACCCACUCGCCGCCAACUACGGCGACUUGCCGCUCAUUCAGCUCCAAUCGAUGAGGAUCGCCGACGUCAACGACUGGACGGAGGUCGGGGCGCUGACGGAGGCGUUGAAGGACCAGAAGGUUCUGAUACGCGGCCGCGCGCAGACGAUCCGAGCCGUCGGGAAGAACAUGGCGUUUAUUGUCGUCAGAGAGAAGGGCUUCACGGUUCAGUGCGUCGCCACGGUGCAGCCGGAGAUUGUCAGCCGUCAGAUGGUCAAGUACGUGGCGGCGUUGAACCGCGAGUCCAUUAUUGACAUUGAAGGGAUUGUGUCUGUUCCUGGCGUGGCAAUUAAAGGCGCUUCACAGCAGGUGGAGGUGCAAGUCAGAAAGUUGUACUGUAUAAGUAAGGCGGCUGUUUUGCCUAUCAACAUUGAGGAUGCUGCUCGAAGUGAUGCCGAAAUUGAAAAAGCUAAUCAGGCUGGAGAACAACUGGUUCGUGUAAAUCAGGAUACUCGCUUGAACUUCCGAGUACUUGACUUGCGAACACCGGCUAACCAGGGGAUUUUCCGAAUCCAGAGUCAAGUUGGAACUAUCUUCAGGCAGUUCUUGCUGUCCGAAGGCUUUUUUGAAAUCCACUCACCAAAACUGAUCGCUGGUUCAAGUGAAGGUGGGGCAUCAGUGUUUAAACUGGACUACAAGGGGCAACCUGCUUGCCUUGCCCAGUCACCGCAGCUCCACAAGCAGAUGGCCAUCUGUGGUGACUUUGGUCGUAUUUUUGAGAUUGGUCCUGUUUUCAGAGCUGAGGACUCCUAUACACAUAGGCAUCUAUGUGAGUUCACUGGUCUCGAUAUUGAGAUGGAGAUUAAGUGGAGCUAUUUUGAGGUUAUGGAUAUUGUUAGCAGGUUGUUUGUUACUAUGUUUGACUAUUUGAACAAAAAUUGUGAGAAGGAACUUGAAGCUGUACGGAGGCAGUAUCCCUUCGAACCACUAAAGUACUUGCCUGAGACUCUACGUCUCACUUUUGCGGAAGGUGUUCAAAUGCUGAAGGAUGCUGGUGUCGAAGUAGAUCCUAUGGGGGACCUAAAUACUGAAGCAGAGAGGAAGUUGGGCCAAUUAGUUUUGGAAAAAUAUGGCACUGAGUUCUACAUACUUCACCGCUAUCCGUUGGCUGUGAGGCCUUUCUAUACCAUGCCUUGCUGUGACAAUAAGGAGUACAGUAAUUCAUUUGAUGUCUUCAUUCGAGGUGAGGAAAUUAUAUCAGGUGCGCAACGUGUCCAUGUACCAGAGUUCUUGGCUGAACGUGCUGAAGCACGUGGAAUUGAAGUCAAGACAAUAUCAACAUAUAUUGAUUCCUUCAGAUAUGGUGCACCUCCCCAUGGUGGAUUUGGAGUAGGGCUGGAACGUGUUGUGAUGCUCUUCUGUGGUUUGAAUAACAUCCGCAAAACAUCCUUAUUCCCCCGUGAUCCGCUUCGGCUAGCUCCUUGAUUUCUUCAGUCAGCUUAGCAAACAACUAGCAGUUUCGGGUUUAGCUUAUUAUUUUGGGAUUUUAUGGGAGAUUUAUAAAUGGUCAUCUGAAAUGUGUCGUUCUUCACUUGUUUGAUCUGUUCAACUCAUUUGGAACAAGCAAUAUGCACAAGGUCUUAUUGAUGUUUACUUUCUAUAUAAUUUUUGUUCA